AGUUUCGUCCUUUCGAAUCGAGCACUGACUGUGGACAUUUCUUCGUUGACACGUUGAUAGAAUCCGGUGUGAAGAGAAGGAGAAAUUUUCUCGAUUGAUGAUGUCGAUUGGAAUUGUGGUUCAAGUGAUGUUGAUUACGAGUUUGUUCGAGUUUAUCCUGUCCAUCGAAUCAAAUAUCAAGGAUACUAGUGUCCUGUACGCGAAUGUGACCGGUGAUUUGUUGCUUGGUGGCUUGUUUCCUGUUCACCGAAAGGGUAAUGAAGGCGAGAACUGUGGUGCGAUUCAGAUGGAAGAUGGUAUUCAACCAUUAGAAGCAAUGCUCUAUACGAUCGAGCGAAUCAAUAAGAAUCCAAAAAUACUUCCCGGUAUACAACUUGGCGCGGUGGCAUUCGAUACUUGUGACAAUCCUACUUAUGCUCUAGAGCGUGUAUUCUACUUCAUUAAGGGUUCAAUAGUGCGCAACGAUCGAUUCGGAGUCGAAGGUUACGAAUGCGAAGACCGAAGUGUGCCGAAAUUCUUGAAUACUGAUUUCGAUAACGUGGUCGCAAUACUCGGAGCUGAAUCGAGUUCGGUUACCAUUCAAGUCGCAUCAGUGCUGGCUUUGUUUCCGAUACCGCAGAUUUCCUACAUGGCCACGUCGCCUUUUCUCAGUAGCAAGGAAAAAUUUCCAAGAUUUUUCCGCACAGUCCCUAGCGAUGUGAAUCAAGCGCGAGCAAUGCUCGAGAUUCUACGCCAAUUCCAAUGGUCAUAUGUAUCGGUCGUUUACACGGACUCGGAGUAUGGGGAUCACGGAUACGAGAUGUUGGUAUCAUUGGCAGCCAAUUAUUCGAUAUGCUUUAGCAAACAACAACGAAUUAGUAAAGAUCGUUUCAAGGAUGAUGACUAUGACGUCGUGGUCCGUACAAUCGCCGAAAAAACAGAUGUUAAAGUGGUGGUACUGUUUGCGGAAAAAGCAACAACGUUGCGAGUUCUGGAGGCAGCGAGGCGCGUUCAUGUUGGCUCUCGAUUCGUUUGGUUGUGCAGUGAUGCAUGGCCGGAUCACAACGACAUAAAUUAUCAGCAAACAACCGUGUUGGAAGGUGCUCUUGCUGUUCAACCACUUUACGCGCCCUUAUCGGGCUUCGAUGAGUACUUCACGGGAUUGACUCUUGAUCAUGAGCAAAAGAAUCCUUGGUUCCGCGAGUUUUGGCAAACCUACCAUAACUGCGUCUAUGUGGAAGAGGCGAAAUAUUUUUCUUCUGAGAAGUCAGAACUUAUCAAUUGCCGAGAUCCGACAUUGAAGAUCAAACGAAGCAAUGGCUACAAACAACGAAGAUUCCUGCACUUUGUUCGAGACGCAGUGUACGCAGCUGCUUACGCGCUUCACAAUAUGCAAAGGAAUGUAUGCGGUGAAAACUGGACGAGCCUCUGUGACAAGAUGCGGCCCCCGAACAAGGAUAUCUUCUUUCAAUAUUUGGCCAACGUGUCUUUCAAAGACGAAGCCGGGAAUGGAUUCAGAUUCGUGGACGCGGUUGACGGACCACCAAGAUAUUCCAUCUUGAAUUAUCAACGAAAAGUGAACGGUUCGUACCAUUGGACAGUGAUCGGGAACUACACGUUGAAUGAACGAGAACAACCGAUAUUACAAUUGGAUCGAGAGAAAUUGCGAUUUCGUGGCGAACAAGGGACCGAGUUCCCCACUUCUUCAUGUCCCCAUCCAUGCGGUUCGAAUCGUAUCAUGGUUCCAAAGAAAGAGGAUCCUUGCUGUUGGACAUGCCAGAGUUGCGGCAUCUAUCAGUACAAAGUGGACGAACACAAGUGCGACGACUGCAGAGUGGGUACGAUACCGACUGAGAAUGGAACUGGAUGUGAUCCUAUUCCCGAAGAAUUCGUCGAAUAUUCGAAUCCCUGGGCGAUUUUUGCGAUAACAAUAGCCAUUUCCGGUAUAGGUUUGACCAUGUUCGUUUGUUCGGUGUUUUGGAUCUACCGCGAGACUCCGAUGAUCAAAGCGUCCGGCAGAGAAUUAUCCUUCUUGUUGUUGCUCGGCGCGUUUGGAUGCUUCUCAAUGACGUUCGCCGUCGUGGCUAAGCCUAGUGUCGAGAGUUGCGCCAUAGUUCGUUUUGGAAUUGGAUUUUGCUACACGGUUUGUUACGCUGCACUCACGACUAAGAUCAACAGAAUUCAUAGGAUAUUCAACGAUCCUGGACGAAAUCUACAUGAACGACGCUUUACCAGUCCACGAUCUCAAUUAAUGAUCGCAUCGAUCCUAAUUCUGAUCGAAAUCGUGUUCGAUGUGAGUUGGUUAUUGAAGGAACCACCAGCUGUAGAACACUCGUAUUCUAGAAGAUCUGCGAAUGUCAGAGUUUGUCGAGGUUCUGAGAACGGUUCUUACGUGAUUGGUUUAUUCUAUCCAUUCUUGUUGACCGUUGCGUCCACGUUCUAUGCAAUCAAAACAAGAAAAUGUCCGGAAGGCUUCAACGAGACUCGAUGUAUCGCAUUCACAAAUUAUGCAACAAUCAUAUUAUGGUUAGCAUUUGUGCCUUUGUAUCUGGCAUCGACUAGGAAUGUCAUUAAAAUAAUCACAUUGGCUCUUUCAUUGUCACUGAAUGGAUUGGUGCAAUUGAUUUGCUUGUUUCUCCCAAAAGUCUAUGUGGUGUUGAUCAAGCCUGAAAAAAACACAAGGGAAUUAGUGAUGGCCAGACAUACUUGUUCAUCUUAUCCAACAACGCCUUGUACGCCAAUCACGCCAGAGCUGCCAUCUGCCUUGUCCUUUAUUAUCGACCGCGAUCGAUCGAAAUCGUUAUCUUUUUGCUAAUUUCCGAUCUGAUAAAAUUUCUUUAUAAUAGAUUAAAUUUUAAAAUAAUAUUAUUUCUGAAAAAAUGAUAAUUUUAAAUAAGAAAAUGCGUUUUUUUU